AUGAGUAGUAGUAGUAGUAGUAGUGAUAAUAGUCUUGAAUUAAUAACUGUCGGCAAUAAUACUGAUGGUGUAGUGAUGGAUAAUGAUAAUAAUCUCGACUAUUAUCCCGAUUUAACUCAACUAUCAUUCAUACGGAUCCUAUUUCUCAUCCUAUAUUCAUUGGUAAUGUUUUUGGCAUUGUUUGGUAAUCUAGUUGUUUGCUAUACAGUCGUAAUCAAUCCUAAAAUGCAAACCGUAGUCAACUGUUAUAUUGUUAAUCUGGCACUGGCCGAUUUUAUGGUAGGUGCUUUUGUACUACCAGUCAAACUACUGGAGCUGAUGGCACCGGCCAAUUGGUCGGCAUUCAGCGAUAGUCUAUGUUCGGCAAUCAGUUAUCUGCAAACAGUUAUCGUAUUUUCCAGUGUUUUAACAUUAGUAGCCAUUUGUCUGGAAAGAUACUUUGCUAUAAUACAUCCAUUGAAAAGUCGUAUAAAUAAAAGCAAAUCGCGUACAUUCAAGAUAAUAUUUAUGACUUAUUUGAUACCAUCGGUGGCUGCCCUACCGUUCCUCUAUCCCGACUAUAAGGCCACACCGUUUACAUUCUACAGUUCCUACGGAACCAUUUCCCGAUUGUCUUGUUUGGCCAAUUUUGAUCCACAGUUUCGCAAAAUCUACUAUACAUUCCUGUUUAUAACAUUUUAUUUGAUACCAUUACUGAUCAUUGGUUGGACCUGUUUUUGUAUCGCCCGAUCACUAUUGAGGAUAACUGGCCUCAACAGACAGGGAAGUCUACGGAGACAAGAAGUUAAUAGACGAAAGAUUGGCCAAAUGAUAUUGAUAGUAGUACUGGCCUAUACAAUAUCGUGGACACCCUAUUUYAUUGUAUCCAUAAUAACCCAGUAUCAAAAAGUCAAUUUCAUGCACAAACAUAACUUUUAUUUUACAAUGUUAUCMAUWAAUUUGUUUGCAUUUCUAAACUCUGGUAUCAAUCCGUUUAUUUAUGCCAUUAUGAGUACCCGAUUUCGUAAUGGUUUUAUGAAAAUUUUACGAUUGAUU